AUGGUAUUCGGCCACUUUACUAUAAUUCAAGGACUUUUGAGCGUCGCAAAUUAUGCCUUGAAGCUCCUUAAAAAGGAGCCCUAUCUGACAAAACCGAUUGAGGUUUCAGCGAGCUUCAUUAUCCGCUUGGCUGUUGAAUUAUUCGGAUCCGAUAUAUUACCUUACCCGCGCGCCUCUUGCUUCCUCCACUACAAUGAGAAUUUGGUGUCCGUAUUGAAAAUACUCUCUUCCGAAAUCGGUAUUGAGUUGGACCAUAUCGACCCUCGGGAGGUUUUAAGGGGUUCCAGGAGAUCUGUGUCCAAUCUUCUGGAGAUAAUAACUGCUUUCAUUCUUCACUGCGUCCGUGGAAACCUACUGGAUUUUGACGACGUCCCGCAUUCUGCCGAAUCGUUUAAGAAAAGCGGAACCGUUGAGGAAUCCCCACUCGGGAUCGAUCUUUCCCAUUCUCCCGAGUUACCACGGAGCGUUGGUAGAAUAUACGCUGCUCCACCGUGCGUCCGAAAUCUAACCCAUGGCAGCCCCACAGUUACAAAGUCAACAUGUGAUGCUGGGCUCCCGCGAACGUUCGCAACCGGUGACACCGCGACCCAACAUAGUAGGGUCACCCGCAUUUCUUCGGACACUCAGUCCUUGUUUACCUCUGGCAAAGCUGACUUGGCUAUAAAGCAACAUACACCAUCACCAGGCUCACGUUAUCCUCGCCUUCCAUCAAUUUUAUCGAUGCAGUUGCCAGUCUCGCCUCCAACCACUCCAAAAGACGCUGACAAUAUUAUGGAGAUUGUA